GGACUUCUGCAGUCAAAAUGUAACCGUCAGCAUAGAAAUUAAUGAUAUUGAGCUAAUGGAUUUAAUUGAGUUAUACAUAUUGCAGGCAAGACAAAGGAAUUACCGGACAGAAAACUGUCGUUCAAAGAGAUUGGUAGAGUCUCUAGAUACAUCGCCAGUACAUACCAGACGUUCUUUGCCCAACUGGACUGUCCGGUAGAUAUAGUGGAGCAGGAGAUGGAAGAGCACCGCCACCUCGCCUUUAGAUCUCGCAUUGCAAAGAUCUUCAUUCACCUUCUCAAAACGAAUGCGGAUUUUGGAUACCGGGCUGUAGCAGAUGCAAUGUCACGACAUGGAAUGGACCCUUCCAUGCUCAUGGACAUUCUGGACUCCAACAGGAGUAUAAUGUUUCAAGACGAGACAUUGUCGGAGAGAUGGUUAAAGACGAAAUUGUCUGUCAAUGAUGCUCCAGUCAUUGCUGGCCAUGUUGAUGUCAAAGCAUACUUCAGCCUAUUCCUUGAGCUUGGAUUACCGCCCACAACAGUGGAUGAGUUUGACGACAACUACAGAAACAGGAAAACUCGAGUGAAGAUCACUGCUUUGCUAAAAGCGUUAAUUAAGGAGACCAAGCCGCGCCCAACUGUGAAUGCACUUCUCCUGGCGAUGCGGGAAUGCGACAUGGACACCGAAUCUGUCAUUAGAGCACUGAAACCCUCUUAGGUUAGAUACUACAAUGUGUUUAAUACCUUGAGGCUGGCGUGAGUUUCAGUAAAUAAUCCGUGUUCUACAGAGAUGGUUGCCAAACUGGUCAUUUAUAAGUAUUCCCACUCCAUGGUAGGUUCUUGGAGAUUAAGGACCAGAGACGCUAAACAGGGUAGUACUCUAAGAAGAUCGAUUAUUUAAUUAUCACAUCAUAGUGAAAAUAUAAUUUCUAUAAUGUGACAAAAGGCAAUCGGUUUUUAAAAGACAAAAAAAAGAGAGAAAGAGAACCUAACUGUUUUACAUGCAUAAAUCAGCGGUACAUAUGAUUUCCUUACUUGUGUAGAUUGUUAAAAUGUUUUUAA